CAGCCCAGGAGUUAGCCGGAACAGCAGCUCUAAGCAUCCCCAGCCAGGAUGCCCCCUCAGUCAGGAGCCAGUGCAGGGAAGCCAGGCGUUGGGCCGGGGUUCACACAGCUUUUCACCUGGGAGGAGGUGGGGCUCCGCACAGGCAAUGGGAACUUCAAGGAGGAGAGAUGGCUGGUCAUCGACCGAAAGGUUUAUGACGUCAGUCAGUUCUAUCUGCGGCAUCCAGGAGGGCCUCGUCUCAUCAGACACUAUUCCGGGCAAGAUGCCACGGAUGCCUUUGCAGCUUUCCACAAGGAUGAGGAUUUGGUAAAGAAAUACUUGAAUUCGCUGUUAAUUGGAGAACUGGCACCGGAUCAACCUAGCUGUGAGCCCACCAAAAAUGAAAUGCUGGUACACGAUUUUCAAGAAUUACGCACAAAAGUGAAGAAGAUGGGACUCUUGAAGUCCAGUUUCACCUUCUUCACCUUCAUGUUUCUGCAUGCGUUCCUGCUGGACAUUGCAUCCUGGCUCACUAUCUGGUACUUUGGAAAAUCUUGGGUGCCUUUCCUUAUUGGUAUAGCAAUGUUCACCACUGCACAGAACCAAUAUGGUUUCUUUCAGCAUGACCUUGGGCAUGAUUCAGUCUUUCUGAAGUCUAAAUGGAACAGAGUGGCUCACAUUUUUGUGAUAGGAUUCCUUAAGGGUGGGCCAAGGACCUGGUGGCUUGAUAUGCAUAACCAGCAUCACGCCAAACCCAACUGUUUCCGGAAGGAUCCUGAUCUCAAUAUGCACCCAUUUCUCUUCAGCUUAGGGAAGCCCCUCUCUGUGGAGCUUGGGAAGAAGAAAAAGAAAUACAUGCCUUACCAGCACCAGCACAAAUAUUUUGCCUUAUUGGCACCCUUAACAUUCGUUGCUUUUGUGCAGUUAAUCAUAUUCCGCUAUGCAGCUCGGAAGAAAAGCUGGAGUGAUUUCGUUAUUAUUUUGUUCUACAAUCUCCGCGUCUGUCUCAUGUACAUUCCUUUAAUGGGAUUCAAGAGCUUCAUGGCAUUUUACUGGCUUGCCAGGCUCCUAGAAAGCACAUGGUUUCUCUGGGUCUCCCAGAUGAACCACAUCCCAAUGAACAUCAAUUACGACCAGAAUUUAGAUUGGGUCUCUGCCCAGCUCUCAGCGACAUGUAAUGUUGAUCAUUCCUGGUUCAAUGACUGGUUCACUGGGCACCUGAACUUCCAGAUUGAGCAUCAUCUUUUCCCCACCAUGCCGCGACACAAUUUCUGCAAGGUGGCUCCUCUGGUGAAAUCGCUGUGUGCCAAGCAUGGUGUUCAGUAUGAGUGCAAGCCCAUGCUCACUGCUUUUGCAGAUAUACUGCACAGCCUGAAGGAGUCUGGGAGGCACUGGCAGGAAGCUUAUCUCCAUGAAUUAGGAGAGGAAGGCACUCAGACAACAGAAAUAAAUUAACUUGUGGUUCAUUCAGUUCUCACGACUGUCUGCCCAUAUUCAUUUGAAGAACUGGAUGGAGACCUUCCUUCAGGACUCUUCCCACAUUAGAUGUUAAGUCGGGACCAUCAUCUUCCUGUGAUGCUACCAGAAAUGUGCUCCCUUUCUCUUUCUUCCCUUCUGUUCCCAAGUCAAAACUUCUGUUUUCUUACAGUUUUGGAAAACCAUUUGACAAUUCCUGUUGAUACUUGAACGUUAGUUGUAUUCAGUACUUCUAUUAUUUAUGUGAAAUAUUAUUGGAAAUUAUUUUAUUUUAGUUUAUAGUUUUUUUGACAGCUCUCUGAGGUGGUAAAGCAGAGAUGAGUAUUUAUAAAUAGCUGAGGUGGAAUUUGUACUUUUGACUUGAUCAUUCUCUUGUGAUAAUGAAGAAACUGGGACCAAAUGAUGGCUCAGCCAUUUAUUUCAUGCCGGCAUGCCCACUCCUGCCUUACCCCAUUUGCUAAGAUGGACAGCAGAGUCGCUUCUUUCUGGGGAUGCU